AUGACAGAUGAUUCAAAUCCUUCGGGGAGUAGUAUAUCAAACUAUAAUUUGUUGAAGGGUCAGUCUUUCGUUGAAAGAUCAAAUGCUCCUAGUGAAAAAGAGUUGGAGGAAGAUAAGCAGAAAACAUCCAAAAAAGCCGCUUCUAAUAACUUCCCAUCAAAUGUUAGAAGUUUGCUGUCAAGUGUUGAUGGUGUUCGUGUUAAAUAUAUUGCGUGGUCACAGGAGAAGGAGCUCCGUGGUGUAAUAAAGAGUUGGGGAUAUCACUGUGGCUGUCAGACAUGCAAUUUUUCUAAGGUGAUCAAUGCAUAUGAAUUUGAGCGGCAUGCUGGUUGCAAAACAAAACACCCAAACAAUCACAUAUACUUUGAGAAUGGCAAGACAAUUUAUGGGAUUAUCCAAGAGCUUAGAAGCACACCUCGGAAUAUGAUGUUCGACAUUAUUCAGACUAUAACUGGCUCACCUAUUAACCACAAGUGCUUCCGGCUUUGGAAAGAGUUGUUUUUAGCUGCCAGUGUUGAACUUCAACGUAUAUAUGGGAAGGAUGAAAUGAAACAAUUGUCGUAAAACGACCAUGUUCAUUUGCAAGGUAGGGUUCUCU